AAAGGAAAAAGGGAUCGGCAAUCAAAGACCCGCUAGCUUUCAAUUUGUCACCCUAGGUGCAAUUUCGAUUUCCAUUUCGUCUCUGAUCUCUAAGGAUAAUUCACAUUAUUGUUUAUUCUUUUGUCGCGUUGGGAUUUUGUUUUCCAUAAGUUAUGCUUAUGCCCAUGGUUGGAGAUGGACGAAUUUGUGUUUUUGCACCAGAACAAAAGCAUUAUUAUCAUUAGUAUAUGGCCGAUCACUACAAAGAUUCGACCUUUCUUGGGCCGAAUCCACACAUUGAGAUGGGAUCAUUAGAUGGAAGAGCUGUACUUGAGCUCCAGGAUGAGAGCCUUGUCAGCCCAGGGCGUGUUAACAUGAAGCCAGCAUCUCUGGAUGCUUCUCCUCGCAGAUCGUACUUUUAUACAAAUUCUGAUGACCUCAGCUGUAAUUGUGUUCUGAGUAGGGUGUUAUCCAGCAUUAAACUCGUGUUCUUAUCCAAAAAGCUGAACAUUCUUAUACCUUGUGGUCCUCUGGCCAUUCUUGUUGAUAGGUUUUCUGAUCACCACGGGUGGAUCUUCUUUCUGAGUUUGUUAGGCAUCAUACCACUUGCAGAGCGUUUAGGUUGGGCGACAGAGCAGAUGGCUUUCUAUACUGGUCCUACAGUUGGAGGCCUAUUAAAUGCCACCUUUGGUAAUGCUACGGAAUUAAUAAUAUCAAUGUAUGCACUAAAUAAUGGGAUGAUGCGAGUUGUUCAGCAGUCACUUCUGGGCUCAAUAUUGUCAAACAUGUUACUGGUGCUCGGAUGUGCAUUUUUUUCUGGUGGAAUUGUUUACUCUAACAAAGAGCAGGUUUUCAACAAGGGAACUGCAGUUAUGAAUUCUGGGCUGCUUUUGAUGGCUGUAAUGGGGCUGAUGUUACCUGCUGUCCUCCAUUUUACCCACACUGAAUUGCACUUUGGAAAAUCAGAGGUGGCCCUUUCCAGGUUUAGUAGCUGUGUGAUGCUUGUAGCAUAUGCCGCCUAUCUUUUCUUCCAACUUACAAGCGAAAAGAGUCACUAUGUGCCAAUUACAGAGGAAGGAAGUCAAAAUGACGGUUGCCUAGAUGAUGAUGACGAAGCUCCCGAGAUAUCGAUGUGGUCGUCAAUCAUAUGGCUUUCUAUUUUGACAGCGUGGAUAGCUCUUCUCUCUGAAUACCUGGUUAAUGCCAUUGAGGGAGCAUCUGUGGCAAUGAACAUUCCGGUGUCAUUUAUAAGUGUGAUUCUACUCCCAAUUGUUGGCAAUGCGGCAGAGCAUGCUGGUGCUGUCAUGUUUGCUGUGAAAGACAAGCUUGACAUCUCUUUGGGAGUAGCAAUUGGAUCUUCUACGCAGAUAGCCAUGUUUGGUAUCCCUUUCUGCGUGGUUGUUGGGUGGAUAAUGGGGCGUCCAAUGAACCUGGACUUUCAACUUUUUGAAACGGCCACCCUGUUUAUGAGUGUCAUAGUGGUAGCCUUCAUGCUGCAGGAAGGAACAUCAAACUACUUUAAAGGGUUGAUGCUUCUGCUAUGCUAUCUAAUAGUGGCUGCAAGUUUCUAUGUACAUAUGGAUCCCAUGUCUAUACAGGACAAGCCAAGCGGGACAUAAUCAUACCAGGGAUGCUAAAUUUGAGGAGUUUUUUUUUUUUUUUGGGGGUGCUGCCCAGAUAUUUGAAAAUGUUUAUGUGAUGGUUUUAAACAUAUUUUGUGAGUGCUUUUGAGCUUGUGAAUAUAGGUAUAUAAAGUCAUAUCCUUACAUUGGUUUCUACCUAUAUUCUACGCUAGUUUAGUGUUUCGACUUCAUUCUUGAGUACCGAAUCUUAAUGGAUUCUUGUUUUCCUGAAACACUUAAACAAACGUUAAGCUCUUAUAUUGUUUGUUAACAUCAAAACAUGAGACUUAGCAAACCAAGACUAACAUAUAUGAGAGAAAAAAAAUUAUAUUUCCACUAUUUCAGGACAGUAUACAAAAAACUCUCCUCUGUUUACAANUAGGACGGGUUCGGCCAACCGUCUACGCCUACCGUCGGUACCUAGGUACCGUUACACAGUAUGGGGGACCGUGUAGGCGGUAUACCCAACCGUAUGGUGUACCGCUAGGGGUACCGUGACUCUGUUCUGAUUUUUCCAAAAUUCCCUUAAUCCUUCGUGUUUGAGUUUAAAACCUUUUAGAUAUUUGAAAAUGUUUAUGUGAUGGUUUUAAACAUAUUUUGUGAGUGCUUUUGAGCUUGUGAAUAUAGGUAUAUAAAGUCAUAUCCUUACAUUGGUUUCUACCUAUAUUCUACGCUAGUUUAGUGUUUCGACUUCAUUCUUGAGUACCGAAUCUUAAUGGAUUCUUGUUUUCCUGAAACACUUAAACAAACGUUAAGCUCUUAUAUUGUUUGU